GUCUGCACCGCAUUCGCAUCACCCUUAGCAGCCGUGACGUCAAAGCACUGGAGAAGGUCUGCACUGAUCUGGUGACCGGUGCCAAGGCGAAGGAGUUGAAAGUUGCCGGUCCGGUCCGCCUCCCGACCAAGAUCCUCCGCCUGAUGGUCCGCAAGUCACCGUGCGGCGAAGGCACCAACACCUUCGAUCGCUGGGAGAUGCGAAUCCACAAGCGCCUCAUUGAUCUGCACUCUCCCUCGGAU